CACGUUGCAGAGGCUCAAUAAGGCCCACAGAUUCAAUCAGAUAUAGUAAUCUGAGUUCUGAAUGUUUUAAGUGUGAGUGAGAAGAAGAGAAUAACGUAGCAGCAGUAGAAACUAAAAAGAAAUUAGAAUGGCGAACAGUUUUCUUCCUCUUGAAGCUAACCCCGACGUCAUGAACAAGUUCCUCUGGGGUCUUGGCCUUCCAAUGGAGGAGGCAGAGUGCUGUGAUGUUUUUGGCUUGGAUGAAGAGCUUCUGGAAAUGGUCCCGAAGCCAGUUCUUGCCGUGCUUUUUCUUUAUCCCAUUACAGCAAAGACUGAAGAAGAAAGGUUGCAACAGGAAAAUGAAAAAAAGGAUUAUAGCAGUAAAGUGUACUUUAUGAAGCAAACCGUGGGUAAUGCUUGUGGUUUGAUAGGUCUGCUUCAUGCACUCGGGAACUUAACUUCCGAAGUCAAGCUUGUUGAAGGGUCAUUUUUUGACGAGUUCUUUAAAUCUACUGCCAGCAUGGAUCCAUUGCAGCGGGCUGCCUUUCUGGUGAAUGACAGGGACGUGGAAGUUGCUCAUUCAGUAGCAACCAGUGAUGGCGAUACAGUGGCAUCAGAUAAUGAAGACCCUCAUUUCAUCUGCUUUGCCUGUGUGGAUGGUCAACUGUACGACCUUGAUGGAAGAAAGUCAGGACCAAUAUCUCAUGGUGUAUCAUCACCAAGUACUUUGUUGAGGGAUGUAGCUAAAGUGAUCCAGAGCAUGAUCCAGAAAAAUCCAGAUUCCCUCAACUUCAGUGUCAUUGCAAUAUCAAAGAAAUCCGGGGAUGGACAUUAAGGUAGUUAAUUUGGGUGAAGCAGCUCUUGAUGAUAUCUGCUUUAUAAUCUUCAGUCAUAUGCAGUUUUAUUCACUUUGACUUUAUUUACGUUUUUUUAUUUUCAUUCGGAGGCCUAUCAAGUUGAGCAUCUUUCGUUUCAAAUAGAUGAUGCAGUGCGAGUAAAUUUGAUCUUAAAAAACUAACUUUGACCUUGAAGCUGUGUUUUUACUGGCGUUUCGAUUUUUCAGUUUUUUUUUUUCUUCUUAAAAUAAGCGUAAUGGCAGUGACAAAAAUGUUGAGACCAAAUUUUAAAAUAGGAUUGCUUAACAAAUUGUUGUUCC